GGCGAGCGGAGAGGAGAGGAGAGGCGAGGCGAGGCGAGGCGGGCUGGCGGGCACGGCACGGCUCGGCACGAUAUAAUGUCUGCUCCAGGCGGCAACCCUGUCCCGUCUGCACCACCUUCUUAUGAUGAAGCCAUCGGCAUCAAUAUGAACUAUCCUCACCCUUAUCCCAUCCCUGGACAGAAGCCAGAUGGGAAGGGAAUGAACCCUCCCCCACACAUGGGACAGCCUCCACCAGCAAAUAACCCUGUUACUGUUCAGACGGUGUAUGUGCAGCAGCCAGUACUCUUUUAUGACCGCCCAGUCCAGAUGUGCUGCCCGUCCUGUAACCAGGUGAUAGUGACACGUCUCUCAUAUGACUCAGGAGCUUUGACCUGGCUGUCAUGUGGUGGCCUCUGCCUGCUGGGGUGCAUAGCAGGCUGCUGCUUAAUUCCCUUCUGCAUUGAUGCCCUGAAGGAUGUGGAUCACACCUGUCCAAAAUGCAGUGCUCUUGUUGGUUCUUACAAACGUUUAUAGGCAGUGUUUAAACAUUGAUUGAUGACGUUGUUUAGCACCUCUACAAGCCCUCUCUAAAGCUUCAUGGAGACAUGUUUUUUCUGUGCAUCCUUUCACUGGAAACCAAUAAAAAGUAAUGUUUAUUGCUAGAUGGUUUGAAUAUGCAUUUGCUUGAGAGGAGUCUCAGUUAGGUCUGUAAAAAGCAUACCUAAUCUGUAUGGACCACUCAGUCCAGCACCAGUGGAGAGCAAUAGAGUGUUUCCCUUUUUGCUUUACACCUAACAGGUUGGUGAUGUUCUUCAGUUAAUCUUGUCUUGGGCAUUGUGCUUGUAUUGAGACUGUAAAGUCACAGCACAGAACAAGAGGAGGAUGUGUGUGGAGAACUAUUUCGGAUCAUGCUUUGGCAGCAUCACUGUUUAUGAACUUGCAGGGAACUGCCUCAGAGACAGGUUCUCCUCUUUGAAAAAAUAAAUCAUUUGUUGUCUUCUUUUCAUGAGCACUAGAAUGAAUUUUAAAAUUUCUGUAGGUGGAAGAUAACCAAACCUAAAGGCUUCA